GGUUUUUAGCGCGCUGAGAAUUUCAUAACAACAGCCUGAAGGAGCAGCUGAGAAGCCGGCCAACAGUGUAGCACUUUGUCCGCAAAAUACACCUGAUCAUUUUUAUUAAAAAGUGUACAGUUUUUUCUUCUCGCUGGCCUUUCUAACGUUACCAGAUACCUCAACUAUGCACGUGAUCAAGAGAGAUGGGCGCCAGGAGCGUGUAAUGUUUGACAAAAUCACAUCACGCAUCCAGAAACUUUGCUAUGGACUCAACUCUGACUUUGUUGAUCCUACUCAGAUCACCAUGAAGGUGAUCCAGGGCCUUUACAGCGGCGUUACUACAGUAGAGCUGGACACACUGGCUGCUGAGAUCGCUGCCACUCUCACCACCAAACACCCUGACUAUGCCAUCCUGGCGGCCCGCAUCGCUGUAUCUAACCUGCAUAAAGAGACUAAAAAGGUCUUCAGUGAGGUUAUGGAGGAUCUCUACAACUACGUCAAUCCCCUGAACAACCGCCACUCGCCUAUGAUAUCCAAGGAGACCCUUGAUAUUGUUUUGGCCAACAAAGAUCGCCUCAACUCAGCCAUCAUUUAUGACCGGGAUUUCUCUUACAACUUCUUUGGCUUCAAGACGUUGGAGCGCUCAUAUCUGCUGAAGAUCAAUGGAAAGGUUGCCGAGCGGCCGCAGCACAUGCUGAUGAGGGUGUCCGUAGGCAUUCAUAAGGAAGACAUUGCGGCUGCUAUCGAAACCUACAACCUGCUGUCUGAGAAGUGGUUCACUCAUGCUUCUCCUACUCUGUUUAACGCGGGCACCAACCGGCCACAGCUCUCCAGUUGCUUCCUGCUCGCUAUGAAAGAUGACAGCAUUGACGGCAUCUAUGACACGCUGAAACAGUGUGCGCUCAUCUCAAAGUCUGCCGGUGGCAUCGGGGUGGCAGUGAGCUGCAUUAGAGCCACUGGCAGCUACAUUGCAGGAACAAAUGGUAACUCAAAUGGCCUGGUUCCUAUGCUCCGUGUCUAUAACAACACCGCACGCUAUGUGGACCAAGGAGGAAAUAAGAGACCCGGAGCUUUUGCCAUGUACCUGGAGCCUUGGCAUUUUGACAUUUUCGACUUCCUUGAGCUUAAAAAGAACACCGGUAAAGAGGAGCAGAGAGCUAGAGAUCUGUUUUACGCCCUCUGGAUUCCUGAUCUCUUCAUGAAGCGAGUGGAGACCAAUGGGGAUUGGUCUCUGAUGUGCCCGAAUGACUGUCCCGGGCUGGAUGAGUGCUGGGGAGAGGAGUUUGAGAAGCUCUACACAAAAUAUGAGCAGGAGGGCAGAGCAAAGCGUGUGGUGAAGGCUCAGCAGCUUUGGUACGCCAUCAUCGAGUCUCAGACCGAGACCGGCACUCCAUACAUGCUUUACAAAGACGCCUGCAACCGCAAGAGCAACCAGCAGAACCUGGGCACCAUCAAAUGUAGCAAUUUGUGCACAGAGGUUGUUGAGUACACCAGUAGCGAUGAGGUGGCUGUUUGCAACCUGGCCUCCAUUGCACUUAACAUGUACGUCACCCCAGAGCGAACAUUCGACUUCCAGAAGUUGGCCUCUGUUACGAAGGUCAUUGUGAAGAACCUGAACAAGAUCAUUGAUAUCAACUACUACCCAGUGAAAGAGGCUGAGAACUCCAACAAGCGCCACCGGCCCAUCGGGAUCGGUGUUCAGGGUCUGGCCGAUGCCUUCAUCCUUAUGCGUUUCCCAUUUGAGAGUGCGGAGGCUCAGCUCCUCAACACGCAGAUCUUUGAGACCAUCUAUUACGCUGCUCUGGAGUCCAGCUGUGAGCUCGCGGCUGAAUACGGCCCAUAUCAAACCUACGCCGGCUGUCCUGUCAGCAAGGGUAUCUUGCAGUAUGACAUGUGGGAAAAGACACCUACUGACUUGUGGAACUGGGCAGUGCUUAAGGAGAAGAUUGCAAAGCAUGGGGUGCGUAACAGUCUGCUGCUGGCUCCAAUGCCUACUGCCUCCACAGCUCAGAUCCUGGGCAACAACGAGUCCAUCGAGCCAUACACCAGCAAUAUCUACACCCGCAGAGUCCUGUCUGGGGAGUUUCAGAUCGUGAACCCGCAUCUUCUCAAAGACCUCACAGAACGAGGACUCUGGAACGAGGAAAUGAAAAACCAGAUCAUCGCUCAGAACGGAUCCAUCCAGACCAUUCCCACAAUCCCAGAUGACCUGAAGGAGCUGUAUAAGACCGUGUGGGAGAUUUCUCAGAAGACCAUUUUAAAGAUGGCUGCAGAUCGAGGAGCUUUCAUUGACCAGAGCCAGUCGCUCAACAUCCACAUCGCUGAGCCAAACUACGGCAAACUCACCAGCAUGCACUUCUACGGCUGGAAGCAGGGUCUUAAAACAGGCAUGUACUACCUGAGAACUAAACCAGCGGCAAACCCUAUCCAGUUCACUCUCAACAAAGAGAAGCUGAAGGACACGCAGAAAACGGCCAGCAGUGAAGAGGAGGAAGCCAAAGAGCGUAAUAAAGCUGCGAUGGUGUGUUCACUGGAGAACCGUGACGAGUGUCUGAUGUGCGGAUCAUAAACUCAGCUCCUGCACUCGGACUCAAUCAAUAGCAUCAUUUAGUCAUUUGCAACUUGUACAGUGUUAAACCUUUUUUAAAUGGCCAUGGUGAAGUACAGAAUUCUUCAUAUUAACUUUCCCUUUUGUAUACAAUAAUAUAGUGUACAUUAGGGGAUUAUAUUUUUGAAUGGGUGUGUGUGUGUGUCACUUUUGCAACUUUGUUAAAAUAAAUAACUGAAAAAACA